CCUCAAAGCCAAAGGCUCAAGCUUCCCGUCCAGACUUCCCUAUUUCUCAGUUCAGGGAGAGAGGGAGAGAGAGAAACUCAGGAGUCAGGAGUCGGGAGUCUUCUUCUCUGAGACAAAACAACUUGAUUCCUCCCUCACAGACGACUGGCCCAUUCUCCUCUCCUUAUCCUAACUCACCCACGACCUCCUGAUCUCGUCCUUCUUCUCUUUUUAAUCUACGCUUCCCCUCUUCCCUCCUCCCCCCUUCACCCGCCACCCCUUAAUCGCUCCGCCAGUUCUAGGGUUUACAGAGCAAUGGGGAAGGGAGGAUCUCUGAGCGAGAGCGUCGUCAAGAAGAUCCUGCUGUCCUACACCUACGUGGGCAUAUGGAUCUUCCUCAGCUUCACCGUCAUCGUCUACAACAAGUACAUACUCGACAAGAAGAUGUACAACUGGCCCUUCCCCAUCUCCCUCACCAUGAUCCACAUGGCUUUCUGCUCCUCCCUUGCUUUCCUCCUUGUUCGUGUCUUCAAGCUCGUCGAGCCCGUCUCCAUGUCCCGAGAUCUCUAUGUCUCCUCCGUCCUCCCAAUCGGAGCUCUCUAUUCUCUUAGUCUCUGGUUCUCCAAUUCCGCCUACAUCUACCUCUCUGUGUCCUUCAUCCAAAUGCUCAAAGCCCUCAUGCCUGUCGCCGUCUACUCGAUCGGGGUCCUCCUUAAGAAGGAGGCUUUCAAGUCCGCUACAAUGGCCAACAUGGUCUCCAUCUCCGUUGGUGUCGCCAUUGCUGCUUACGGGGAAGCACGAUUCGACACCUGGGGCGUAAUUCUCCAGCUUGCAGCUGUCGCCUUUGAAGCCACCCGCCUGGUCAUGAUCCAGAUCUUGCUCACUUCCAAGGGAAUCACUCUUAACCCAAUCACUUCUCUUUACUACGUCGCUCCUUGCUGUCUUGUCUUUCUGUUCAUCCCCUGGGUGCUUGUUGAAUUCCCCGUAUUGAAGGAGAUGUCAAGCUUCCACUUUGAUUACGUGAUCUUCGGGACCAAUUCGUUGUGCGCGUUCGCAUUGAAUCUCGCGGUAUUUUUGCUUGUUGGGAAGACCUCGGCGCUCACCAUGAAUGUUGCUGGAAUCGUGAAGGACUGGUUAUUGAUUGCAUUCUCGUGGUCGGUGAUCAGGGAUACUGUGACUCCAAUCAACUUGUUUGGAUAUGGGCUCGCGUUCUUGGGUGUUGCAUAUUACAACCACUCGAAGUUGCAGGCGCUUAAGGCCAAGGAGGCACAGAAAAAGGCAGCUCAGGCGGAUGAGGAGGCUGGACGGCUGCUCGAGGUGAGAGAAGGGGAAGGUGCGGGUAGGAAGGCCGAUUCACAGGCCUGAUUCUAUACUUGAUUCAGAUAAAAUUUUUCUAUCUAACAAAUGAGCACAGGAAAGAAAGGACCGGAAAUGGGUUGCCUCGGAUGGAUUUCGAGGCAGGUUUCCCAUUUGGGUAUGUUUUUUGUUUUUUGUUUUUGUUUUUGUUUUUGUUUUUAGAUAUUCGUUUUUUGUGUUAGUUCAUGGUGGUUAAUACUGAAGGAUCGAGUUCUCUGUCUGUUUUCUACUUUGCCAAUUCCUGUAUUUGAGUAGAGAAAGAAUCUCGAAGCUCUUCUUUUUCUUUUUUUUUUUUUUUUUUACUUUGUUAAGCACAUGUAGGAACUCGUUCUUCUCCACUUGGAGAAGAUUUAAAUGCUUAUUUAUUAAUAUGUGUUUCCCCUUGAAUUGAAUUA